AGCGAGGGGAGCGACGAGGGGAGGGAGGCGAGAGGGGCGUGCGGAGGCGGCGCGGCGGGCGCGGAUCCGGACGGCGGCGGGUCGGCGGCGGCGGCGGCGGCGGCGGCGGCGGCAGAGGCGGCGGAGGAGCGAGAGAGUUUUGUGAUGCGGAAUUUGGACACGGGCGAGGCAGUGGUGCUGGACGUCCCGCGCGGGCGGGCCGAGGAGGAGGAGGGGCGCGAGAGGGCGUCGGCGGCGCUCUCGUCGCUGAUCACAAACAGCGGCGAGUGGGAGGCCAUCAAGCGAGAGGCGCGAGGCGUGCUCGAGAAGCUCGCGUCGGCGAAGACGCUCUCCUUCCGCUCGUACCAGCUCUGCGUGUGGCAGGAGAGGUGGGUCUACGCGGCGGACGACGCGCUCUGCUACCAGCACCUCAACAGCGAAGUCGAGCCGAUCGGCGCCGCCAAGCGGAUCCCGUACUCGAGCGUCGAGUUCGUGGGCCCUUUUGACGAGACGCAGUUCGUGAUCAAGUGCGCGGGCAGGGCCUUCACCUUCCUCUGCGAGACGGAGGGCGAUGGAGAUGAGGGGGGUAGGGGGGUAUCGGUCGAGAUGGACGCGACGCCCUAGACGAUGUUCGAUGUGUCCUCGGCUCUUGGGCUCGAGGUGAAUAUGUCCGUCGACUCUCGUACGUGCGUUGUCGUAUUGCGUUAUAUUGGUUUACUCGUCUUGGCGUGAGAUCGCUCGCUAUAC